CCCGGCAGCUUCCGUCUAUUCCACUCCAUCGCGGCCAUGGCUGAGGAGCUGCUGGCUCUGCGAGAGCAGCUGUUGGCCGAGGCCACCUGCCCGUUGUGCCUGGAUGUGUUCGAGCAGCCCGUGCUCACGGCGUGCGGGCACAGCUUCUGCGGGCAGUGCCUGGCGGCCGUGCUGGGGGACCCCCCGCGCCCCGCCGCCUGCCCGCAGUGCCGCGCCCCGCUGGAGCCGGGCUCGCAGCGCCCCAACCGCUCCCUGGGCAACAUGGCCGGGCUGGCCCGGUCCCUGGAGGAGGAGGCGGCGCGGCCGCGGUGCCCCCAGCACGGCAAGGCCCUGGCGCUGUUCUGCGAGCCCUGCGGCGCCCUGCUCUGCGCGCCCUGCCGGGACGGGCCCGAGCACCGCGGGCACCGUGUCCGCCCCGCCGAAGAGGCCGCCCGGGAGCUGCAGGAGACACUCCAGACAAACCUGCUUUUUCUACAAGAACAGAAGGAAAACUUGAAGACCAGAGUAGACCAGAAAUGGGAAGACCUGCAGGGGACAGUGAGGUUGGAGCUGCAGGGAGUGGCUGAGAGCUUUGAGGAGCUGCAGCAGUGCCUGGAGGAGCAGAAGGAGACCCUGCUGGCCCAGCUGGAGCAGAUGUCCCAGAAGCUGGUCAAAAAGAGCAAGAAAUACACGCGCAGGGUUUUGGAGAGGCAGUCGCUGCUGGACACGGUGAUUGCGCAGAUCCAGGAGAAGGAGGAGCAGCCGGCGGUCGAGUUCCUCAAGGAUGUUGGCGCAAUCCUGAGCAGCUGUGAGGCAGCCAAGGCCCCGAUCCCAGACCCAGUUUCCCCAGAGCUGCAGAAGAGCAUUCAGAGCCUCACUUGGAGCAGCCACCGAGUCAUGGCCAUGGUGGAUCAAUUCAGAGUGAACCUGCGGAGUGAGAUAGACUGGGGGAGAAGGGAUCCGGUGACGCUGGACCCAGAGACAGCACAUCCGCGCCUGAUGUUCUCGAGGGACCACAAAACGGUCUGGGUAGGAGUUGGAAAACAGAACCUCCCUGACAGCCCCAAGAGGUUUAUGAACAGCCUCAGUGUCUUGGGCUCCCAGGGGUUCACAUCUGGGAGGCAUUACUGGGAAGUGGAGGUUGAGGAAAACGGUGGCUGGGCCGUGGGGGUGGCCCUGGAGUCUGUGUCAAGGAAGGGGCCGAUUGACCUGCAAAGAUCUGAGACGGUCUGGGCGCUGCGAAUGGAGUCAAAUCACUGGUACAGAACAUUCUGCAUGACCCCUGAGGUGCUGGCACUCAGGGAUAAACUCCGGAAAAUCAGGGUGUGCCUGGACUAUGAAAUGGGCCGAGUGACCUUCUACAACUCAAAGGCCAUGAGACUGAUCCUGCACUUGGAGGCCACCUUCACUGAGAAAGUCCUCCCGUAUUUUUGCAUCUAUUCAGUGGAAACCCUGAUCCGGGUGUGUGACUGACAGGGUGGGCUGGCUGCCAGGCCCCUGGCGUGCCCUUGGCUGGCUGAGCAGGGAGGAGCUGUGGCAAUGACACGGCAUCACUCUGCAGCCCCCCUGCAGCUCUGCCUGCCCUGGACCCUCUCUGCAAUUUUCUGCAUCUCCUCCUGCCAAGUCCUUUGGAGCAUUAAAGAAGUGCUGUCCUGCCUGGGGCUGUCUGCGUGCUGCUGUCCUGCCUAGGGGCCAUGGGGAUGGUGUCCUACCUCUCCCUGUGGGCACUGAGGCCACACAA